AUGUAUCUGUAUCAGAGGAAGAGACUUCAUCUAAGCCGGAUCAUAUUUCUCUUAUCUGGGGUUCUGCUAUGUUGUAUAUACCAAAUUACCAUCAGAACCACAUUACCAGGACCUUGGCCUGAACGGCAGGUUGGAGAAAUUUCUGAUGGUAAGCAUGAAGAUGUGCUUGAAAGUUCUGCAGAAGAACCAGGAGUAACAGCCAAGCUGACCACUACUGCUGUAAAGACCAGUGUCCCACGUCAUAUAAAUAAGGUGCAUCGAUCAGAAAAUUUAACCACCACCUCUCGGAAAUCAGAUACAGCAAAAACGACAGCAGUGCGACCAAGGACAACCACAAACAGAACAAUUGUACGUUGUAUCUAUGUAGAUCCAGACCUUCCAAAGCCGACUCCAGCUCCCGCACCAGCACCUGAACCCACUUCACCAACAACUACAGAUGCCAGCCCUGUAGAACCUCCUCACAUAAAGGGCGAGUACCCUCAGGAUAUCUUUUCAAUUGAGCAACGAAGGAAAGGCUGGGUGUUUUUGCACAUUUUUGGAAUGAUAUACAUGUUUGUUUCUUUGGCCAUUGUGUGUGAUGAGUUUUUUGUCCCUACUCUUGGAGUCAUUACAAAAAAGCUGGCGAUUUCGGACGAUGUCGCUGGUGCGACGUUCAUGGCAGCUGGAGGCUCUGCCCCUGAACUCUUUACCUCUCUGAUUGGGGUGUUCAUUUCACACAGCAAUGUUGGUAUCGGAACUAUUGUGGGCUCAGCUGUAUUUAACAUCCUGUUCGUAAUAGGAAUGUGUGCUUUGUUCUCUCGGGAGAUGCUCUACCUCACCUGGUGGCCUCUUUUUCGAGAUGUGUCCUUCUACAUUUUAGAUCUGAUCAUGCUCAUCAUCUUCUUUCUGGAUAACACCAUUAUGUGGUGGGAGAGCAUCUUGUUGGUGACUGGCUAUGCAGUUUACGUUUACUUCAUGAAAUACAACGUGCAGAUUGAACGAGCGUUCAAGGAGCAGCUCCGCAAGCACAAGAACAUUAUCAAAGUCAUCCCGAUAGAGGAGCCUGAGAAGGAAAAUGGGACAUCAGUAGAAAAUGACAUUUCUCCUUCAGAAAAAGAGGACAAGAAUCGACUGAAGAUUAAGCCCACACUACAGCGAGGAGGCAGCUCAGCAUCUUUACAUAACAGCAACCUGAGAAACACUAUUUACCAGUUGAUGAUUCACACGCUGGAUCCUCUGGGUGAGGACUCAGUGCUAAAUGGGAAUGCAAAGCCCAGCAGCUCUAUGGGAACUAAAGUGAAGUUUAAAGACAAGGCUCAGAUUUUGAACAACAUGGCCAGGGGGAAGGUACAGGGCAAAGAGAAGAUAAAAUCAAGUGAAGACGGUGCAGCAGAAGAGGAAUCGAAAGAGCCAGGAUCCAAGGAAGCAGAUGCCAAGGAAAAGCCAGAGGGACAGAAGGAAAUGAAGGUACAAGCAGAAGAAGGCUCAGAGGGGUCUGAUGAUAGUGAGGACGACAGUGAUGACAGUGAUGAGGACAGUGAUGACGAUGAAGAACAGGAUGAAGGUGAUGGGGAGGAUGAUGAGGAUACAGAUAAUGAAGAACCACUAUCCUUGGAGUGGCCAGAAACCAGGACGAAACAGGCCACCUACCUGUUUCUGCUGCCUAUCGUCUUUCCUCUGUGGCUCACUGUACCAGAUGUCCGAAACCCAGCAUCCAGGAGGUACUUUGUUAUAACUUUUUUGGGUUCCAUUGUAUGGAUUGCUAUAUUUUCUUAUCUCAUGGUGUGGUGGGCACAUCAGGUGGGGGAAACUAUUGGCAUUUCAGAGGAGAUAAUGGGUCUUACCAUAUUGGCGGCUGGAACAUCCAUCCCUGAUUUAAUUACCAGUGUGAUUGUGGCUCGCAAAGGCCUGGGAGACAUGGCUGUGUCCAGCUCUGUUGGCAGCAACAUAUUUGAUAUUACUGUUGGGCUGCCAGUGCCCUGGCUAAUGUAUUCAUUCUUGCACAAGCUGGCGCCUGUGGCUGUCAGUAGCAACGGGCUUUUCUGUGCCAUCGUGCUGCUUUUCCUCAUGCUCCUCUUCGUCAUCAUGUCCAUCGCUGUCUGUAAGUGGAGGAUGAAUAAAAAGCUGGGGUUCACCAUGUUCAUGCUCUACUUUGUGUUUUUGGUACUCAGUGUCAUGCUGGAGGACCGUAUCAUUGUGUGUCCAGUGUCCAUCUGAGCAACACAACAUCUAUCAGGAUCUAGACUCUUGUUAUUUACAAUAAUUUGCACAAUAAUGUCCUGCUCAACACUGCAACUUGGGGAAGACAAGUUUGAGUUAGUAAGUCAAAGUGAGAGCUCAAAGUGAGUGAGAGCUCAGGCUGCAAUUUCUUGUCCCAGAAUCAGAUUAAUAUGUAAGUUAAGCCACUACGAGCUACAACAUGUCAGUGUAUAAGAAAUCUAAGAGACUUUUUCGGUAUUGUACAACAAUGUUGUUUAUGAAUGUAU